AUGAAUGAGAAUGAAGAGACGAAUGCAAACAUUGGUCACCAAAACGCUGUCAUCAAUGACACCGACGCUCACAAUCAGACCACAAGUGAUGAUAAUCUGAAUAAUAUGGAUCCGGAGUUAACACCCACUAGUGAACCCGUCACACAAACUCCUCCACAAGAGUCUACUAAUGAGACAUCAGAUGAAACCGAUGGCAAUAUUAUAUCGAAGAAGUCGACCACUUCUUCGACACCGGGUAGCGCUCAACAGAUCCUCAGCGACGACACGACGCAUGAGAUCAACUUAGAUGAAGACAUUGACAAUAGCAGUGAGAUUGCGGCUCAAAUCGCUGACACAUCGGUGGUGUCCGAACCCAAGAGCAGCGGUGAUGAGAAAACUGACGAUAAAAUUGUGACGCAAAGUGAUCCCGAAGAGAGUGAGCAAAGUGUCAACAAAAGUGAUGGUUUGAAUCCGUUUGACGAAUCGGACGAACAAAAUGAGGACAAACUCGAAGACACGAAUCCAUUCAAUGAAGCGAAUGAGACGUCCGAUGAAACCAAUGAAUCAAAACCUAACGAAUUGUCCACAGAUUUAAAUAAUGUGAUCCAAACAAGUGAUGAAACAAAUGUCGCAAAUGAUUCCAACGAUGAGAGACCUAAAGAGUCGACCACUGCUUCGGAAACCCCCACAAAGAGUCCGAUAGCGUCGCCGACAGCUUCGCCAUCAAAAAGCCCAAAAUCGGCUCCAAUUCCGAGUGAUUUACAAGAAGUGAUAAACGAUAGCAGUAUUUCAGAUGAAGUGAAGUUUGGUUUACUUUGCGCUAAAAUCAUGUCAAUCGUGUCGUCGGACAACAGUCAAGACGCCAAUUCAAUCACUGAUAACAUUCUUCAUUUGUUAAUCACCGAUGAUUUGCAAAGAAUACGUAAACCACAGACUUUGAGACUCUUUUUUCGAGAUUAUCUCAAAUUAUUGCCGUCGAAGAUUGUGGCAGAGAUUCUGAGUGUUUUGAUCGCAGUUUUCAAGAAAUCGCUUCUUAACUUAGAGGCCGCCAAAGGCCUGCUCUUAGACUCAUUGACACAGACUUUCCAUUUCGAUAAUCUCAUCAAACACUUCAUCCGCGAAAUAAUUAAUCUUCAGACGUCUUAUAGCUGUGACGUCCGGGAGUUGAGAGCGUUGUUACGGCAGAGCGAAGACGACCCCAGACUUCUUCAUUACGUGCGAAACGCGAAUCUUUUGCAGAGAAGUCGUCCGAACGCUUUCUUUGCCUUUCCGGGCUCUACCGGUUCGGUGUUGGCUCUGCCGCCCAUCCAGAAGUGGCCGAUUCAGAACGGCUGGACAUUCGUCACGUGGUUCCGUCUGGAGCCCAAUGCCGCCAAUUCGCAGCCCUAUCUAUACUUCUUCAGAACCAGCAAAACAGGUGUCGGAUAUUCGGCUCAUUUCACCGGCAAUUGUCUGGUUUUGACGUCAAUGAAGAUCAAAGGCAAAGGCUUCCAGCACUGCAUCCCCUAUGAGUUCAGUCCAUUCAAAUGGUUCCACUGCGCCAUCACUUAUGUGACCAAAUGGAGGGGCGCUGAGGUGAAGGUCUAUGUGAACGGCCAGAUGACCGCCAACACCGAGAUUGCGUGGAGUGUCCAGACGUCUGACAUAUUCGAUAAGUGCUUUAUUGGGGGCACCGCUGACCUCAAUGAGUCCCACCUAUUCAAUGGUCAGUUGUCAGCCAUCUAUCUGUUCCACGAGGCACUCAAUGCGAGCCAAAUCUGUGCUAUCCAUCGGUUGGGGCCGUCAUAUAUCGGUCAAUACCUUCACAGCAAUGAAAGUCAACUCGAGUUACCAAUGGUUAUGAAACGGGUCUUAUAUGAGGAGAAACUGAGUUCUUCGCUUAUUUCUCUCUACACUCCCGUAGCCGUAGAGGGAGAGACACUCUGUCUGCAGUCCACCCCCAAAGGGAACACCACUUACUUCACAUCCUCACCACACGCGGCACUAUUGGGUCAAACAAUUUCUAUAAAAACACAAUCAAUUAGUUCAACGCUUCAGUCGAUUGGCGGCAUUCGCGCCCUUUUGCCACUCCUUCACCGCUUUACGCACCGGUCGGACGCCGAGGCCUGUUCUACACUAAUUGGCUUCAUAUGUGAUUUGUUAGAGAGUUCCCCGCAAUGGUUUGGCAACGAAGUCGUUCAGUCGCACGGAUUUGUCAUUAUUUCCUCACUUUUGGCCAAAAGUCCACGAAUUCUGAUAAACGAAGAAACGCUGGAAAUAUUGUUAAACUUAACCAAAACUCUGAUCAGUGCUUCAUCUGGUGCUGACUCUCUGUUAUUGAAGCAAUUAAUGGACAGUAUUUUAUUUAAUUCCUCGCUUUGGGUGUACGUUGACUCUAAGCUACAGCUGAGGCUAUACUGCUAUUUGGCCACAGAGUUCCUCAGCGGUAAUAACGGCUCUAACGCUAGUAAUGGCACUAAUAAUACUACCGGUGCUAACAAUGUGUCCAAUGGUAUAGUUUUCAGUGAAGUGAGACGUAUCUCAACAGUAUUACAAUUAUUACAUUCCCUUAAAUACUAUUACUGGCUCUCGGAGGAGAAGUCUAUUCAAGUGAAGGCCAAAGAUAUGUCUUUGCGGCCAAAUAAGAGUGAAUUGCUGUCCAUUCGCUCUUAUAUUCUGCUAUUUAUAAAACAGCUUAUAUUGAAAGGAAAUGGCGUUCAUUUGGACGAACUUCAGGCCAUUCUUAACUAUUUGACAACAGUUAACGAGGACGAGAAUAUUCUGGACGUCCUGCAAAUGCUACAGUCCCUUAUGUGCGAACACCCGGCCUCUAUGAUACCAGCCUUUGAUGCCAAACACGGCGUUAAAACUGUUUUCAAACUAAUCGAUUCGCUGAACGAGGAGAUCCGUAUCCAAGCGCUCAAACUGUUGGGUUAUUUUCUGUCGAGAAGUACACCGAAGCGCAAGCAGGACGUGAUGGGUCCGCACAACCUGUAUAUGCUUUUGUGCGAACAUCUCAUGAAAUUCACGCCUUUGAGGAUCGAUACGUACAAUGCUUUGCACGAGAUUUUGACAGAAACGGCAAUCGAGACGAUCAGAGCCUCCCACUCCAGUAACCCCAGUCUUCGCAUCGAAAAUCCAAUGGUUCUCAAAGUGAUCGCAACUCUUCUGAUCGAAGGCAAGAAAGAGGAGCCAAACGAAAGCGACGACACGAACCCGGAUAUCAAACGACUGUUUAUCAGCGAUUUGUGGAGACUUUUGGUGAAUAACCGCGAGAACAGGCGUCUGGUACUGCAGAUGUCUGUUUGGCAGCAUUGGCUCAUAAACCUCAUCGACCACAACGUCGAAGUGACCAGAGAUCAGAUUUUAGCCAUUUUCCGGGUCCUUCUGUACCACGCAAUCAAAUACGAAUACGGGGGGUGGAGGGUAUGGAUCGACACUCUGGCCAUUAUUCACGCAAAGGUCAGUCUCGACGAGUUUAUGGCUCAGUUCGGCAGAGAUAGGACUCAUAGGAACAGCGAAUUCAGAGCCGAAAGGAGGACUUCUGGGGAUUCCAGUACUGGAAGUAAUUCUUUGAAAGACGAGUCUAUCCAUCAUAAGAGUGAGGACUUGAAUCACAAGGAUUUGCAAACAAAUAGCGAAACAUCAGAGAAGACAACGACUCAUAAAACGGUGGAUACCGACGAAACAGACAGCCGUCCAGAAGACGAUCCCCGUCCCGAAGAUGAUCGCGAGUUGAAUACAGUUGCUCCCGGAGCUGCUCAUCCAGCAAAAGAUACUACAGAUAACAAUAAUAGCGAGGGUUUAAAGAGUGAUAAAAGUGCCAAAAAUAGUGAUCCAAAUGGAGUGACAAAAGUGGAUGAAAGCAACGAUAAUAUUAGUGGUAAUGAAGAGGAAGAUGACGAACAAAAGGCUCAAAAGAAAGAAGCCGUCAUCAGUACUAUUAGUUCUAUAGAUACGGAAUCAAAGUUAUCCAACACUGACCCCAAACUGUCCAAUACUGUAGUUCCUGACAGCGCGCCCUCACGAAGCAAUCGUUUCGGAAGUCGCCGAACGAAUCCCCAAAAAGAGUUCUAUUCGUCACUAAUUUUAGGCCAAAAGCCGGCGCCCAAAGUGUCGGCGACGCCUGCCUUUCGUAUUCCAGAGUUCCGUUGGAGUCAAUUGCAUCUCAAACUAUUGAAUGACUUACUGUUUUCCAUUGAAUGUGAUCUCCAGAUGUGGAGAAGUCAGGGCUCGGAGUAUAAGUCUGAGUCCGGAUCACAACGAAGCACACAAUUGGACCAAAUUCUUCAACAUUCAGAGAAUCAGAUAUACAUUGUUAACGCUAUUCAUUUAGUGUCACAAUUGAGUGAUAAUAUAAUUAUAGCCGCGGGUGGACUCCUGCCUCUAUUGGCUGCGGCCACGGGAGGAAACAGCGCCGCCCCUAAUGUUACGGCCGGUGGUGAGGGUCUGACUGCAAUUCAGGCCAAUUCACUGCUCUAUAGACUCGUCAAUCUAAUCGAUAUCUUAUGUUUCGCCGCAACUCAUGUAAACUUCGGCGAAUUGGAGGCCGAGAAGAAUAUGUCCGCCGGAGGGAUAUUAAGACAGUGUUUACGACUUGUCUGUACGGUUGCCGUCAAGAACUGCUUGACUGUUCAGAAGCACAUUGAAAAUGGAUUAACAAAUGACACCGACUUUGAAUCGAUGGAAGUUAAGGAUGAGUUCAAUGCGGGCACGAGUAUCGCAGCGGCCGCUGAGCUCUUUGGCAUUGACUUCUCCUCCGAGUCCAGCGAUUUGGUCACAAAUUUCAAGACAGACGGCUCUGAUUCUGAAACUGUUUCCACAUUCAUUCCAAUACAACCCCUUCCUAUCAAAGAUCCAAUGCGUCUGCUGCAGGAAAUGGAUGUCAACCGCUUGAGGGCCUGUAUUUAUAGAGACGCCGACGCCGAUACCCGUCAGUCCCAGUUCUUGGCGUUGGCGACGCUUUAUUUCAUUUCAGUGCUAAUGGUAUCGAAAUAUAGAGAUAUUAUUGAACCCAAAAGUGGUGCUCAAGUGACAAAAGGCAGUCGACGUAACUCUCAGGCCUCUAACGACAGCUCCCAAUCACACACCGAACAAAACAUAGACGCCGGCAGUUUAGACCCGUCAGAGAUUAUUAAACCCAUAGAAAUACCCAAAACUCACAUCGACUCUAAUAUUGGCGAAAAACUGACAGCAAAACUCGAGACAACCCUCUCUAGUGUUUGUCCGCUUCUCAGAGAAAUUAUGUGCGAUUUCGCGAAUUUCCUCUCAAAAACACUUCUCGGUUCUCACGGACAGGAUCUGGUCAGCAAAGAAGCCGUCCGAACAUUCCGGCGCUCGAACGCCAGUCCCGUCGAGUUAGUGAUGCUGUUGUGCUCCCAAGAGUGGCAAAACACACUCCAGAAGAACGCAGGACUCGCUUUCAUUGAACUCAUAAACGAAGGAAGACUUCUGUCGCACGCAAUGAAAGACCAUAUCGUGAGGGUUGCGAUGGAAGCGGAGUUCAUACUCAACCGCUUGAGAGCCGACGACGUAUCCAAACACGAGACGUUUGGUCAGUCGUGUUAUGAGACACACGAGAGUCGCUCUCAUGAGGAGACACUCAUUAAUUCGUUGAUACUGUCGGCCAAACGGCGCGAUUGGAUGGUAUUCACGCGAUUCAAAGAGAAUCUGAAACGCGGUCACAGAAAACACUAUAAACUCGACUCUUGGGAAGACGACGCCCGACGCAAACGGAGAUUCAUUUGCGAUCCUUUCGGUGUCGACCAAAUUCCAGACAAUUCUCAGCCUAUUUCCAGUUCAUCCGAUGGAACCGCUAAUACUAAGACAUCAGCAGAAGCUUCGAAUACAGAUGAGAGUCCGACAGAUAAGAGCAACGAUGAAGCGAUGGCCAAUCCAUUAGUUUCACCGAAACAAACGCUAAACAUUUCGUCGAGAGCUGAAGAGGAGGAGGAAUUCUUAUGGGAGACCGAAGACUCUUCUCAAGAAAAUGAGACAAAUCCAGAGUUCAGUGGUUCUGUUCUCUUCACUAUCGACUGUUCCCUAAUUUGGGGCAUUUAUGCCAUCGAAGGCAUACUUCAGAUCACAGCGAAUGAGCUGUUCUUCGAGGCCCACAGCAAUGAAAUCGAAUUGAGUUCUGUCCUGAAGUUGGAUAAAAAGCUGUCUAAAAGUGAGAUCACAGAUAAUAUCAUGAAAGGCUUGAGUGGUAUUGGCUCUAAAGGGUCAAAAGGUUUCAAAGACUUGGAUCUAAUGGUUUUGCGUUAUUGCGAUCUUUUGACAUAUAAUGGAAAGAUUCUUCUGAACGAAAUCCGAGCCGUCUUUACGCGAAGAUUUCUAUUACAACAGAACGCUAUCGAAAUAUUUUUAGCCCAAAGGACUUCUAUUAUGUUUGCGUUCGCCGACUACGAGACCGUCAAGAAAGUGGUCAAAUACUUGCCACCAGUGGGUGUGGGCGUCAAGUAUGGCAUUCCUCAGUCCAGGAGAGCGUCGCUAUUGUCACCGAAACAACUGUUCGCGACAUCCAAUAUGACACAGAAGUGGCAGAAGCGAGAGAUCAGUAACUUUGAGUAUUUGAUGUUUUUGAACACAAUCGCCGGCAGAACCUAUCAGGACCUCAACCAAUACCCGGUGUUUCCCUGGAUUUUGACUAACUAUGAGAGCAGUGAACUUGAUUUGGCUCAGCCAACCAACUUCAGAGACCUCUCCAAACCUAUCGGUGCUCUCAAUAGUGACAGAAGGGCUGAUUUUAUUGAGCGUUACAACACGUGGGAUAACAACAACAAUGUGCCGGCUUUCCAUUACGGCACCCACUACUCAACCGCCGCGUUCACACUGGGAUGGCUCAUACGACUGCAACCAUUCUACUCAACAUACCUGUCCUUACAAGACGGCCGUCUCGAAGACGAGUCCAGACUUUUCACAUCCAUUCGCGACGCAUGGGUCGCGUCCCUUAUGGGCGGCCAACAGAAUGUCAAGGAAUUGAUUCCUGAGUUCUUCUAUUUGCCUGAAAUCCUAAACUCGAACCAUAUCUUGGAAGACGUGGAGCUCCCGGUUUGGGCCGAAUCUCCCGAACACUUCAUACGAUUACAUCGAAUGGCAUUGGAGUCGGAUUUGGUUUCGUGUCAAUUACACCAAUGGAUUGAUUUGAUCUUUGGAUAUAAGCAAAGAGGUCCGGAAGCCAUCAGAGCUGUCAAUGUGUUCUAUUAUCUGACAUAUGAGGGCAAUACAGACCUGUCGAAUGUGACCGACUUUGCGCUCAGAGAAGCCAUUGAAUCGCAAAUCCGACACUUCGGACAAACGCCGAGUCAGUUGAGUUCAGAGCCACACCCGCCCCGAAGCAGUGCACUCCACGUGUCGCCACUCAUGUUCUCACCGGUGAUGGACGAGGUGUGUAUGUCCGUGAAGUUCCCGUUCAACGCGGCGGUCACUCACAUCGCCUCCUGUGCCGCACACAACGCGCAGCCGAACACCGCCUCCCAGAUAGUGACCAUCAACUCUCACCAACAGUAUUAUCUCCACAAAUGGAACACUAAAGAGUCGACCACUCCGUUGACAAUGGAUGCGGCGCUCAUCUCUUCCGCCUCUAAUAUGAAGCGCCAACUCUUGGACACAACCAAUCUGUGCACAUCAUCGCAGAGCCAUUACAUCGUCACUCUGGACGCCAAACAUAUAAUUAUGUGUCCUUUUUAUGACAAUUCAUUCCGCGUGUAUUCGACCGAAACGGGAAAACUGACGCAAAUUAUAUACGGCCACAGAGGGGUCGUUAGCUGUUUGGCCCGAAGCGAGUGCAAUGUCGCCGCAGAUUUCUACGUGGCGUCCGGUAGUCAGGACUGUUCAGUGCUAUUGUGGACAUGGAAUGCAAAAUAUGCUCAAAUUGAAGGCAACGGCGCUUCCAAUUUGUCCAAUCCUUUGCCAAAACUAACUCUUUGGGGACACGAGUCCACUAUUAUCUCUCUGCUAAUCAGCGCAGAGUUAGGUCUUAUAGUUAGCGCCAGUCGUAACACAAUACUAAUCCAUACGACAAGUCAUGGCGAGUGUAUCACCGAAAUAGAUAUUAGGAAAAGGGGUUCCAUUCAAACACUUCGAAGUAUUAGUAGUUAUUCCGAUAACAGAGCUGAUGAACAAAUGGAGGGCAGACCUGAGGGCGAUAUAAACGAGGCCAACUUAGAGGCAUCGAUGUUGGGAAAGGACGGGUCGAAGAGUAUUCGCAAACAGUCACCCGAUGCCAAGAGUGACACCAAAGCCGACACAUCGAGUAUGACAUCCAAUGAAGUCAAUACAGACUAUUGUUCAGCAUUUGACGAAACCGAUUAUCUCAUCAAUAAUCUGGUUUUAUGCCGAGAAUUGGGUUUUAUUGUGGGAAUAGCUAUACCGCAGAGCAAUGACAGCGACUACGAGGACUCAAAGCCCGGUUCCGCACAAAAGCAUUUAAAAACAUCGAAACCCGAACGACAGCAACAAAACGCGUUAUUAUUCUCGUAUAACUUGAGAUCAAAACUGAUUAAAUGCAUACAAAUCGGAAACAUCUCGUUCUCGAAGGACAGGGACUCCACUUUACUGCUGACUACUCGCGACGGAGAGUACAUCGUUAUGACAGAGAAUGGGUCGGCCGUCAAGAUAAUGAGGACUUUUGAUUUGACGCCAUUGUAUGCGUUGAACACAUCGGAACUGUCGACGGCCUUCGCGGGCGAACAAAAUCGGAUAAAAUCCAUGACUUUAACUGAUUUCAAAUAUUUAUUGAUUGGACUCGAAAACGGAAAACUAAUUAUUUAUAACAUAGACUUUAAUCGAUGGCAUCACGAGUACAGCAGCAGAUAUUAGUGCCUCAACUCUAGUCUUAGUUUUACUUUUAACUUAAAAUAUUAUAAGAAAAUAGAGCCGAAGAACUCGUUCUCUGUUUUUUAGGUGAAUUACGAAUCGAUUCUUGAUUUGUUGAAUACAUUUAUUUUGGAAAAUUACUGAAACUCAAUCGCC